CAGGCGGGCGGCCAUGAGCGGAGCUGCGGGCUGCCGGGGCGGCGGCGGCGGAGAGCGGGGGCCUCGCUGGAGGAGACCGUGGAAGCUCCUGGCCCUCGGCCUCCUCUCCGCCUCCUCCGUGCUGGCGGCAGCGCCGGGCGCCGGGGCCAUGAGCAAGGAGGAGAAGCGGCGGCUGGGAAACCAAGUGCUGGAAAUGUUUGACCACGCAUAUAGCAAUUAUAUGGAUCAUGCCUAUCCAGCUGAUGAACUCAUGCCUUUAACUUGUCGUGGACGGGUGCGGGGUCAGGAGCCGAGUCGUGGGGACGUGGAUGAUGCCCUGGGAAAGUUCUCCCUGACCUUGAUUGAUACCUUGGACACUCUUGUGGUGUUAAAUAAAACCAAAGAGUUUGAAGAGGCUGUAAAAAAAGUAAUAAAGGAUGUUAAUUUAGAUAACGACAUAGUUGUAUCUGUCUUUGAAACCAACAUAAGAGUCCUUGGUGGUCUCCUUGGUGGUCAUUCAGUGGCAAUUAUGCUGAAAGACAAAGGUGAACACAUGCAGUGGUACAACGGCGAACUUCUGCACAUGGCAAAGGAGCUGGGCUACAAGCUUUUACCUGCCUUUAACACCACUAGUGGUCUCCCUUACCCAAGAGUUAAUUUAAAGUUUGGUGUAAGACAUCCAGAGGCACGAACAGGAACAGAAACUGACACCUGCACAGCUUGUGCAGGUACCUUGAUCCUUGAGUUUGCAGCUUUAAGCCGAUUCACAGGAACAUCUAUAUUUGAGGAAUAUGCACGGAAAGCUCUUGACUUCAUUUGGGAAAAGAGGCAGCGCAGCAGCAAUUUGGUGGGUGUUACAAUUAAUAUUCACACAGGAGACUGGGUCCGCAAAGAUAGUGGAGUUGGAGCGGGAAUAGAUUCAUAUUAUGAAUAUUUAUUAAAAGCCUACGUCUUGCUGGGAGAUGACAGUUUCCUGGAAAGAUUUAACACGCACUAUGAUGCCAUAAUGAAAUACAUUAGCCAACCACCUCUCCUUCUUGAUGUUCAUAUUCAUAAGCCAAUGCUAAAUGCUAGGACCUGGAUGGACUCUUUGCUGGCAUUCUUCCCAGGGUUGCAGGUAUUGAAAGGUGAUAUUAGACCUGCUAUUGAAACUCAUGAGAUGCUGUAUCAAGUUAUAAAGAAGCAUAACUUUCUUCCUGAGGCUUUCACAACAGACUUCAGAGUUCAUUGGGCUCAGCAUCCUUUAAGGCCUGAAUUUGCUGAAAGCACUUACUUCCUGUAUAAGGCUACAGGGGAUCCUUACUAUCUAGAAGUAGGAAAAACACUCAUUGAAAACCUAAACAAGUAUGCAAGAGUGCCUUGUGGGUUUGCUGCAAUGAAGGACGUUCGUACGGGAAGCCAUGAAGACAGAAUGGACUCUUUCUUUCUGGCUGAGAUGUUUAAAUAUCUUUACCUGCUAUUUGCUGAUAAGGAAGACAUGAUAUUUGACAUAGAGGAUUAUAUAUUCACUACAGAAGCACAUCUAUUACCACUGUGGCUUUCCACCACAAACCAAACCAUCUCUAAAAAGAAUACAACUACAGAAUACACAGAGCUGGAUGACAGCAACUUUGACUGGACCUGUCCGAACACUCAGAUCCUCUUCCCAAAUGACCCAAUGUUUGCUCAGAGUAUUCGUGAACCUUUGAAAAACGUGGUGGAUAAGAGCUGUCCUAGGAGUAUUUCAAGAGCAGAGGAGAGCUUGGGAAGUGGACCAAAACCACCACUGAGAGCCAGAGACUUCAUGGCCAGUAAUCCUGAGCAUUUGGAGAUACUGAAGAAGAUGGGAGUCAGUUUGAUUCAUCUGAAAGAUGGAAGAGUGCAAUUAGUGCAGCAUGCAGUGCAAGCAGCAAGUUCACUUGAUGCUGAAGAUGGCUUACGGUUCAUGCAGGAAAUGAUUGAACUCUCCAGUCAGCAGCAGAAAGAGCAGCAGCUACCUCCUCGUGCUGUUCAGAUAGUUUCCCACCCAUUCUUCGGUAGGGUGGUCUUGACUGCUGGACCAGCACAAUUUGGGAUGGAUUUAUCUAAACACAAAUCAGGGACAAGAGGAUUUGUUGCAGCCAUUAAGCCGUAUAAUGGAUGCUCAGAGAUCACUAAUCCUGAAGCAGUGAAAGAGAAAAUUGCCCUGAUGCAAAGAGGCCAGUGUAUGUUUGCUGAAAAGGCACGAAACAUUCAAAAAGCUGGAGCAAUAGGAGGCAUUGUUAUUGAUGACAACGAGGGAAGCAGCAGUGACACAGCUCCUCUCUUCCAAAUGGCCGGUGAUGGAAAGAAUACAGAUGAUAUCACAAUCCCCAUGCUCUUCCUCUUCAACAAGGAAGGAAAUAUUAUACUGGAUGCAAUCAGGGAGUAUGAGGCUGUGGAGGUGCUCCUUUCUGACAAAGCAAAAGAUAGAGACUUGGAAAUGGAGAAUAUGGACCAGAAAUUGUCUGAAAAUGAUUCGCACAAACAAAAUUCAGAAGAAGCUUCUUCAGCAUCUCAGGAUGUUGGCGCAGUCAGUGAGGAGCCUGAAGAAGGAGAAAGCUCUGACAUUUCUGACCCUGAUUCCUUAUCUCCUGCUCAGGCAGACACUGACAGCAUUUCCACUUCAGAUCAGGAUUCCUCCAUCCCUGGACCUGGUGAGGCUGAUGCUUCAGAGCCAGCAUGCACACAAGGGGAUGAGCAGCCUCAGGAACAGCAGACUGAGACAGAGUCAGACUCCAAAGUUAACUGGGACAAUAAAGUUCAACCUAUGGAAUCCAUAUUAGCAGACUGGAAUGAAGAUAUAGAAGCAUUUGAAAUGAUGGAAAAGGAUGAACUAUGACUUGUAGUAAUAACUUAUUUGCUAGUAAACAAAUGGAGAACUCUUUGGGUAGAAGUGAGGCCCUGAUAACUGAGAACUAGAAAACAUAUUCAGUAUUGUGAUGAGCAACCAGGUUUCACCUGGAAAUUAUCAUAGAAAUCCAGCACGCGCUCUUUGUUUUAAUUUUUCCUGUUCAAAAAUGGGAAUGUGCAAUUGAAGCAUUCGUGUGGCCCCACUGCGCGGUGCUGUAUCCCAGGAGGUUUGCUCAGGGAAAGAGCCUGACUUCUGCCUGCCAGGUGCCCAGAGGUGAUGCUGCCUCGGCCUCUGGGAGGCACAAGUUGAGCACGUGGGGCUGCCAGCACCAUUCAGCAGCCACCAGCAGGAGCACCUGGAGGCAGCAGGAUGGCUGCUGCCCUGCUGGGAGCAGAGCUGUGCCUGGUUUCCCUGAACCCCCUCUUGCUCUGAAGGCCUUCCUCACUAGCAGCAUGUGAAGCGAUGUUUCCAGUUGCUGUAUCUGUAAGACACAGGUAGAAGCAGUUUGGUUUUGUUCUGACGUAUUGCACCGAGACACAGUGGCAUUGCUCGUUGCUCCUUCCAUCUGCUGCGUGAAGAAUGACUGAGAUGGCCUGUGAGCUUUCUCUCUUGCUUCAAUUCCAGCUGGUAAACCUGCACAAACCAAAGGCAGUGUGCUUUGUAAGCAGGUGCUGUCAGGGAACGAGGAUGGCCUGGUUCCUUUGGGGCUGCCAGGUUAAGGAUGGCAGUGUGCUAUGAAAGUUACACGUGAGGUGAAGAUAAAGAGAUUGGGGCAAACAUUG